AUGAGCGUCAAAGAAGUGUCUUUGAAGCCCUUCACGGACCAGAAGCCUGGCACUUCUGGUCUUCGAAAGAAAGUCAAAGUUUUUGAACAGCAAGGGUACACUGAGAGCUUCGUCACAUCCACGCUCAAGUCCAUUCCUGAGGGCGUCGAGGGCUCCUACCUCGUCAUUGGCGGGGAUGGUCGUUAUGGAAAUGAACGCGCAGUGCAGUUAAUCGCGAAGAUUGGAGCAGCAUAUGGCGUCAAGAAGUUGCUCAUCGGCCAGAAUGGUAUCAUGUCCACUCCAGCGGCAUCACACCUGAUUCGCAUCAAGAAGGCCACGGGAGGCAUCCUCCUCACGGCUUCCCACAACCCAGGAGGUCCAGACGAGGACUUUGGUAUCAAGUACAACUUGGCCAAUGGCGCCCCAGCUCCUGAGAGCGUCACGAACAAGAUCUACGAUACCUCCAAGGCCCUCACCUCUUACAAGAUUGCCGACAUUCCAGACAUCGACCUCUCCACCAUUGGCACCAAGACUUACGGCCCUCUCGAAGUCGAGAUCAUCCAUAGCACCAAGGACUACGUCGACAUGCUCAAGGAUAUCUUCGAUUUCGACCUGAUCAAGGCCUUCCUCAAGGAGCACUCAGACUUCAAGAUCCUGUUCGACGGUCUGAGCGGUGUGACAGGAAACUAUGGUGUGGACAUCUUCGAGAAAGAGCUUGGUCAGGCGGGCAGCACCCAGAACUGCGUGCCCAAGCCAGAUUUCGGCGGACACCACCCAGACCCCAACCUUGUCUACGCUGCUUCUCUCGUCAAGCGUGUGGACAAGGAGGGCAUUCACUUCGGUGCUGCAUCAGACGGUGAUGGUGACCGCAACAUGAUCUACGGUGCGAACUCCUUCGUCUCGCCUGGUGACUCCCUCGCCAUCAUCGCCCACCACGCCGAUCUCAUUCCAUACUUCAAGAAGCAGGGCGUCUACGGCCUUGCACGCUCCAUGCCAACUUCUGGUGCCGUGGACCUCGUUGCCAAGAAGAAGGGCCUCAGCAGCUACGAGGUCCCAACUGGAUGGAAGUUCUUCUGCGGUCUCUUCGAUGCCAACAAGAUGAACAUCUGCGGUGAGGAGUCAUUCGGUACCGGCAGCAACCACAUCCGUGAGAAGGACGGCCUCUGGGCAAUCGUCGCCUGGCUCAACAUCAUCGCUGGCGUGGGUCAGCAAACCGGCAGCACUCCGUCCAUCAAGUCCAUCCAGCACGACUUCUGGAAGACCUACGGCCGCACUUUCUUCACCCGCUACGACUACGAAGGCUGCGAGAGCGAAGGCGCCAACAAGGUCGUCGCCCACGUCAAGGAGCUCAUCACGACCAAGAAGGGCGACUUCGUUGGCAGCAAAGUCGGUGGCGCCAAGGUCGUCGAAGCCGAUGACUUUUCCUACACCGACCUCGACGGCAGCGUGAGCAAGAACCAAGGUAUCUACGUCAAGUUCGACGACGGCAGCCGCAUCGUCGUGCGGUUGUCCGGUACUGGAUCCUCUGGCGCCACGAUCCGUCUGUACAUCGAGAAGCACGAGACGGACGAGAGCAAGUACGGUCUGGACGCGCAGGAGUACCUCAAGGACAACGUCAAGGUUGCGGUUGAGUUGCUCAAGCUGCAGGAGUACAUUGGCCGUGUCGAGCCAGAUGUCAAGACCUAG